CCCGGCACACCACGGCCGCUGCCCGCCGCAAGCCCGCAAGCAUCGCCUAGCAGCUGCAGCGGCAGCUGACAGCUGCCCCCAAGAGAGAAGAACCCAGUCCCCGUCCCUUCCCUGCCGUUGCCCCGUCUCCUCCGACUCAAAAGAUGUCGUCCUCGCUCCUCCCCACCACCUCCGGCGGGGCUCACAUCUGCCCGUCCCCGCCUCGACCGCGCCGCCGCCGCCGGUGUUGCCAAGUAAUUGCCGCCGCCUCCGCUCGGCCCGUUUCCGUCGGCGUCGGCCGCCGCGCUGUCUCCUUGGCCGGCGUCGCCGCCUGGCUCGUCACUACCGUCGGCCGGGCAGACGCGGCCAGUCCAUUGGACAAGUACGUCAAGAGGAAGAAGUUGGAGCCUUUGGAGAGCUACGUUCCGGCUGUCCUGCUAACUAUUGACCAAUUCGUUGAUCUAGAGAAAUCUUUAGAAUUCGAGAAACCAAUGUACGACGAGAGCAGAUCAUUACUUCGCUCUGGACCGGCAUCAUCUUUGCGGGUCAACAUUCGGGCAGUGGCACAAUAUGCUUCUAGUAAUGGUCAAGGCAAGGCUGCAUCAGACGCUGUGGACGAGUGCUUACGAGCAUUGGAAGAUCUCGACUCACUGCUACUACGUGCAUCACGGAAUGAUUCGUCAGCGUCCGUUGAAACCAUGAGGAGCAAGAUCAGUGUUGCCCUUGCAGCAUUAGACAAUCUCUUGCAAACGGUGCCAUCUGCAGUACUGGAUAAAGGAAAGGCGAUUGCUGAUGCAUACCGGACUCCGGUGGAUGAUUAUGUGGAGGAAAAUGCUGCCGAGUUGGAUCCCAGGCUGAAACAGUUGGAGGAUAUUCUUUAAGGCUGAAUUUUAUUAGGUUCAACCUCAUGUAGAGUGAAAUGAAGAGAAAAAAAAUCGUCACAGCACUUCCUUUUUGCAAUACUUCCUAGCAUUACCAUAGCUGUCUCUGUCUGGGUUACUAAAUUCCUCGGCCUGUAUAUGUACGUUAACACAGUACAAAGUAGUACAAAGAAAUUAUGUAGACCAGGGAUAACCUUAGCAUUACAAUACCUGUUUGGGUUACUAAA